UUGAACCGGAGGAAGCCAUUCCCUUUGAGAUCCACCCAUGCAUUUCAAACCCCCCCUGCAAGCCGAAACACUUGGACCACUCACACACAGACGACACCUGCAAGAGAGAGAGAGAGAGAGAGAGAGAGAGAGAAAAUGGCGAACGCAGACGUGGAAGCGGUGGACUUCGAGCCGGAGGAAGACGAUCUGAUGGACGAGGAAGGGGCGGUGGAGGUGGAAGCUAGUUCUCCUAGGGCUCCUCUUCCUAAGCUCAAGUCCGCCAUCACCGGCGGCUCUUCCUCUUCCUCUGCCAAGAAAACCAAAGGCCGCGGAUUCCGUGAAGAGACCGAUGCCGAUCGCAACACUCGCCUCGCCGGUCGCUUCGACUCUCUCGACUCCGAUGGCGGCCCUGGUCCUGAACGAUCCAUUGAAGGAUGGAUUGUUCUAAUCACUGGAGUUCAUGAAGAGGCGCAAGAAGAUGAUUUGCAAAAUGCAUUUGGUGAAUUUGGGGAGAUUAAGAAUUUGCAUUUAAAUCUUGAUCGUCGAACUGGGUUUGUCAAGGGGUAUGCACUGAUUGAAUACGAGAGCUUUGAAGAAGCACAGAAAGCUAUUAAUGAAAUGGAUGGAGCUGAACUGCUCACACAAACCAUUAAUGUCGAUUGGGCAUUCAGCAAAGGUCCAUUUAAAAGGAGGAAUAUGAGGAGGAGAUCACCGCGGGGACACCGUUCAAGAAGUCCCAGAAGGAGAUUCUAGCCAUCCAAGGUUUUGUGGACUUCUGUUGGGAUAGGAAACAAGAUGUUUGGACAGUUUUUUUUGAUACUUGUGACUGAUUGAGUGACUCAUCGAGUGUAUGAUUAUUAAUCUGUUUGUUGUUGAGGAUCCCUUGCGCACCCUCCCUCCUGCCUUUUAACUUUUCCCAUCUUUUCUGUUUCCUCUUUUUCUUUUUUCUUUUUUGAUUUUUUUUUUUUUUUUGGUUACCCUUCUAAUGGGAUGCUGUCUAGGCUGUUUCUUACAAAUUAUGUAAUAUGUUGCAAAAUAUUUGUGUUGGUUAUUAUUUUGCACUUGUGGAAAACAAAAUGGAGGCUGAUACUGUUUGACUAGAGUCGGCAUGCAAAUUGAUUGUGAGAUGGUGUGCACCAAGGUCCUUGGCCUUAAGCAUUGAUAGCUGGCCUGAUAAGCUUGCUCUACAUAUUCAAGUGGAUUUCUUGAUAA